GGUACUGAAGCGGAAUUACAUGCAGCCAUAUUUGACUGUAUCCAUCAGCCCUUCCCCCCCUUCAGCAUCUUCAGCAGGACAGUGAAGAAACCUGGAGCGGGACAACGGAUGCCAAUCGAAAGGAGACUUUACAGAAGAUGGCCUCGCCAAGAACCGUAACUAUUGUCGCCCUUUCCUUUGCACUGGGUAUGUUCUUCGUGUUCAUGGGUACAAUUAAACUCACACCACGGUUGAGCAAAGAGGCAUAUAGUGAAAUGAAAAGCGCUUACAAGAGUUAUGCAAAGGCCCUUCCAGCAUUGAAAAAAAUUGGCGUUUCUUCUGUACUUCUCCGCAAGAUUAUCGGCACUCUUGAGGUGGGAUGUGGAAUUGUUCUGACCCUUGUGCCCGGGAGACCAAAAGACGUGGCCAACUUUAUUCUGCUGCUGGUCAUGCUAGCGGUGCUUUUCUUCCACCAGCUGGUUGGAGAUCCUCUAAAACGCUACGCCCAUGCCCUGGUGUUUGGUAUUUUGCUGACGUGUCGGCUGCUCAUUGCUCGUCAGGGCGAGGACCGGCCCGAGAGGGAGGAGAGACGAGAAGAGCAGAUCACUGCCCAGGAAAAGAACAAAGUCAAAGUUUCUUAGCUACACAAUUUCACAAAGAGCGCCUUGCAGCAGAUCUGUUUCUCUGGAUAGUAGGAGAAGAUGCUCGAAAAAAACAAACAAAAAAAAACAGUAGACCCAAAAGGUGAUUUAUGUCCCACAGCUACAUAACAGCUGCCUGAAAACCAGAUCUUAUGUUACCUUUACCUCAUGUCUCACCUGUAAUACUUCUUAAAAUACAAAUAUUCAAUUUGGAUAAUCACUAUUGUGGCAACUGUAUUGGCUGUGGUUUUGCAACAAAAGAUUAAACUACUGUUAAGCCCU